AUGGCGCAAUCUCCCUACCUUGCCCAGCAGCGUUCUGCCCAACCCUCUCCCUCUCAGUCAUUGCACGCCGCUAGCCCUCCGGUCAAUAUCGAAACAAUUGUCUCGUACCUAGUCGCUUCCAAGCGGUCAUUGGGCAGCAUCCAUCUUGUCCAUCGAGCCACAAGCAUCCUCGCCGAGGCACGUGCUUCGAUCGAGUCUACCACCGCGCUUCUCGCGAAGACAACCUACCUGCGUCGGGCGUUGGCUUCACAACUCAAGACUUUGCGUGGGGUCCUGGAGGAGCUGGACUCGGCUGCUCAAGGCAUUCAGCACGAAUUCGAAACUAUAAUCCAAGAGUUGGACGAUACAGGCGCCAGGCUGCUGCAAUGCAUCGACUUUUUGAAAGAGACGGCCAUCGAGGAAGCCUUCAGGUCCUCCACCGAAGCAGAAGGAAAUACAGGUAAGGUCACGCUGCACGAUUUCGUGGACGACAAUGGCGUGGAACAGAUCAAGCAUGCCAUGAGAGCGGCGAUAGAUAACGUACAAAACGACCAGCACGAAAUAAACCAGUCCAUUCAGACCCUUGAAGAGGAUCUACAAUCGAUCAACGACGUCCUGGUCAAUCGCGUCAAUGACUCGGGUGGUGAAAGUGACCUCAAACAGCCAGUCUCUGCGACCCUGUCGAUUCUCGAACACCACGCCAAGGAGAUGGCGCAGGGCCUGGAAAGUCUGGUCAAGCACUUCGAUCUCUGUGUUACUGCCAUCAAGCACACCGAAGGCGGCGGGGAAGCCGUAGUGCAGACCAUGAAUGCCAAUGCCGAAGACCUUCCCGAUAAGGUCGGCAUGGGCAUGGAAGAGCUCCAGGCGGCCGCGCAGCCCAUGAACGAAGAAGAACGGACGGAGAUGCUCCAAGUUCUUGAGAACGACGCAAAUGAGGUCGACGAAGUGGUGAUGGAACUCCAGGACCGGCACGCCGAGAUGGAAGCCCAACUGGACAGGAUUGCACAGUGGCGCGAGCAGCAAGAGAUUGUCUACGCCGACGUCACGACCGCGUUCCGCCUCAUGGACAAGAUCUCGGGUCGGUUAUCGGGGUAUGUUGCGGAAACGGCACGGCACGCGAGUCGCUGGAAUGAAGAGAAGGCCAAGAUCGAAGACGGAAUAGGCGGCAUGGAAGAGUUGUGCGACUACUACGCCAACUUUCUCCACGCCUACGACGGCCUGAUUGUCGAGGUGGACCGGCGCAGAGCGGCCAAGAAGGCCAUGGAACGUGUCGUCGCGCAGGCCCAUGGUCAGCUCGACCAGCUGUACGAAUCCGACAGGCAGCUACGUAUCAAGUUCCGGGAAAAUCUGGGCGAAUACCUGCCAGGGGACAUCUGGCCUGGCGUGAACGAUUUACCCCCACGGUUUGAGAUCAACAGGGUGGACGCAGGCUUUGAAGCCAGCGUGCCCGAUAUACCGAGGCGGACCGUCGAUGAGGCCGCGAGAAGAUUUAGUAAGGGGCGAUCGUGA